UUUUAACGCUUACUAUGAUACUGUUUGUUUGCGACGUGAAGCUCAUUGGUCGCUAUUGAAUGCAAUUCGGUCGCUGGCGAGUGAUGAAGAAACCGAGUCUUUUGGGGAUCCGAGUCAGCUGAAACGAUUCUCUGUUUUGAAUCGCUCGAAACACAGAGGGAUGAACUUUACAUGUAACUUAAAUGUACCUCAAUUCAUUUGAGUCUUGGUUUUAGUUGUUUAUUUGUCUCGCAAACUGAAGCAGCUGAGAUCGAUGUGACACCGUUAUAAAGAUGGUGUUCAUUAAACAGGAGAGUGAAGACGUUAAGAUUGAAGAAACAUUCACAGUCAAACAUGAAGAUACUGAGGAACAAGUAAAAAUGGUGGUUAUUAAAGAGGAGAGAGAAGGCAUUAAGAUUGAAGAAACGUUUGCAGUCAAACAUGAAGAUACUGAGGAACGAACAAAGAUGGAGGUUAUUAAAGAGGAGAGUGAAGAAAUGAAGACUGAAGAAACAUUGACAGUCAAACAUGAAGACACAGAGGAACAAACAGACCCGCUAGAAGAAAGAAGUGAAGAACUAAAUGAAACGGAAGGCAAAGAUCGGUUUAAGAAAGAUUUUACUGGAGAACAUCUUAGUUGCUCGCAAUUACCUAAAUGGACUUUAGAAAAGAAAGUAACUAGGAGUCACUUCGGUUGCCAACAGUGUGGAAAGAGUUUUAAUAAACAAAGAACCCUUAACAUUCACUUAAGAACUCACACGGGAGAGAAACCUCACACCUGCUCUCGAUGUGGACUGAGCUUCACUCAAAAAGGAACCCUUAACAGGCACAUUAGAAUUCACACCGAAGAGAAGACCUACUCCUGCAAACUGUGUGGAAGUAGUUUUAUACAAAACGGAGACCUUAAAAACCAUAUGAGAAUACACAGCGGAGAGAAGCCUUACACCUGCCCACAGUGUGGAAAGAGUUUCUGUCAAAAAGGAAAUCUCAAAGUCCACAUGAGCGUUCACUCCGCAGAGAGACAUUUCAGCUGCCAACUGUGUGGGAGAAGUUUUACCAAAAAAGAAAGCCUCGAAAUCCAUUUGAGAAUCCACACUGGUGAGAAGCCCUACACCUGCCAACAGUGUGGAAAGAGUUUCUGUCAAAAAGGGAAUCUCAAAGUCCACGUGAGCGCUCACGCUCGAGAGAGCGAAUUCAGCUGCCGACAAUGUGCAAAGCGUUUUACUAAAAAGGAAAGCCUUGAUAUCCAUUUGAGAAUCCACAACGGGGAGAAGCCUUACGCCUGCCAACAGUGUGCGAAAAGUUUCGUUAAAAAAGGGGCCCUCAAUAUGCACAACAGAAUUCAUACCGGAGAGAAACCUUUUGUCUGCCCUCAGUGUGGACUAGGUUUCACUCAAAAAGGAACCCUCAACAGCCACAUUAGAAGUCAUACUGGAGAGAAACCUUACGCCUGCAAACUGUGUGGAAGUAGUUUUACUCGAAAAGGACGCCUCAAAACCCAUGUGAGAUGUCAUGCUGUAUGCCUUUUACCUUCCAGCAGUGUGGAAAGAGUUAACAAGGAAACUUCGAAGUCCACAUUAGUGGGAGAUUUCAGCUGCUAAUCAAAAUGUUUCGCUAAAAAGGGAAACCUUGAAACCUCAAGUUCUCAAUAGAGAAAAUCCGUUCAUAUUCACAUGAGUGUUCACAAUGAAAUCCAAAACAUCCCUUGAUGUGACUGUUUAAAUUCAGUUUUCAAUAAAUGAGCUGCUCUCUA